UCCCAACCACCUCCAUCUUACUGCCUACACAGCAAAUAGUACAUACACUAUACCAACCCCGUACUAGACAAUAAUCUCUCAAUACCCUCUAAUUCCAUACACCCCUCAUCUAUCAUCCCACCUUCAUUCCCAACCAUCCACCACUCUAACCUCCCCACCACCAUCCCCCCUCAAACAGCCUUCAUCUCCGGCCCCAUCAACACCGGUCCCAAUGAAACAUACUUCCACACACACACUACCCACCCCUCCUCACCGCCGCCAUCGCUCGCAACGACUCCUUCGUCCUGGGCCCACUCCCCUACGGCGUCGACUCCGACGCCCUCUUCUACCUUCUGCAGUACCCCGUCCCUCCAACGCGAAUCAGCGUAUCUGUGACCUCGCAGGAAGACAGUCUCUGGGGACUGCAGUUGCGUGCGUUAGGGGUCAAUGUACAAGUUGUCGAGGGGGAUAGUACCCGUGAUCGGGACGCCGCUAUGACUGCCGCCUGUACGUAUGAUCUUCUGAGGAUUAGGACUGAGGAGGAGGCGAGGGAGAUGUAUGGGGAUUUGUGGAAUAGGAGGAGGAGGAGGGGUAUGGAAAAGGAUGAGAAGGUGGAGGCGGAGGUGGUUAAUGGGGAUGUUAGUGCUUCGUUGGGUGUAAAGGAGAAGAAGAGGAGGUUUCUGGGAGAAGCUUUGGGGAGGUGAGAAGAAUUGAGUGUUGGAUUGGUUUGUUUAUGUAGAUGCUGGGGUUGUGCGUGUGGAUGGGUUGGAUUGGUGGCACAGGGGAGAUGAGAUUGUGCUACCACCUGCUAGCCCUCACUGCGAAUAUUAAACCCAGUCUUGAC